AAAAAGACAAUCAGAUACAAUAUCAGGGAUCUUCUGGUAAGGCUUCUGGCUACCAUUAGUUCUGAAUACUGAGAAUUUGAGGAGAAAAAUGGCUGUGAGUUUUGAAAUGUCUUUGAGAAUUUCUUGGAUUUGUUGCCUGCUAAUUGGAGGGAUAACCUGUUAUCCUCCACCUAAAGGUGAAGCAGCCUCCUGUAAUGCCACUGCAAGCGUCACGACUGGCCCAAAUACCUUAGGUGGAGCAACCGGAUCCCGUGCCUCAGAAGCAGUCACCCACAAUGCCUCAGCAAGCGUCACGACUGGCCCAAAUACCUUAGCUGAAGCAACUGGCCACAAUGCUUCAUCAAGCGCCACGACUGGCCCAAAUGCCUUAGGUCAAGCAGCUGGCUAUAGUGCCUCGGCAGAGGAAGCAACUGGCCACAGUGUCGCGCAAGCGGCCACCCAUAAUGCCUCGGCAAGUGUGGCAACUGGCCCAAAUACCUUAGGUGAAGCAACUGGCCACAAUGCUUCAUCAAGAGUCACGACUGGCCCAAAUACCUUAGCUGAAGCAACUGGCCACAAUGCUUCAUCAAGCGCCACGACUGGCCCAAAUGCCUUAGGUCAAGCAGCUGGCUAUAGUGCCUCGGCAGAGGAAGCAACUGGCCACAGUGUCGCGCAAGCGGCCACCCAUAAUGCCUCGACAAGUGUGGCAACUGGCCCAAAUACCUUAGGUGAAGCAACUGGCCACAAUGCUUCAUCAAGCGUCACGACUGGCCCAAAUGCCUUAGGUGAAGCAACUGGCCAUGGUGCCUCGGCAGCGGAACCAACUGGCCACAGUGCCAUGCAAGCGGCCACCCAUAAUGCCUCGGAAGUGGCCACCCAUAAUGUGUCAGCAAGCGUCACGACUGGCCCAAAUACCUUAGUUAAGUCAACCAAGGCGCCCUUGCCAGCCACAGGCGCCCUUGCCUCGGCGGAAGCCACAGGCGCCCUUGCCUCGGCGGAAGCCACAGGCGCCCUUGCCUCGGCGGAAGCCACAGGCGCCCUUGCCUCGGCGGAAGCCACAGGCGGCGGGAAGCCACAGGCGCCCUUGCCUCGGCGGAAGCCACAGGCGCCCUUGCCUCGGCGGAAGCCACAGGCGCCCUUGCCUCGGCGGAAGCCACAGGCGCCCUUGCCUCGGCGGAAGCCACAGGCCUUGAACAGGAGGGCCAACUCCUCAAGCAACAUGGAUUUAGCAGCAGCAGUGGUGUUUCUCAGGAUUUUGGGUCUGAUGGUGACAAUGAAAGCACCCAAUGUCUCAGCUCCAGCAGCGUUCAAGGCAGCAUCGUUGAAUAUUCCUGUUUGUGCUGGUAAACGGGCUGAAGUCCAAAAAACAUCUCUGGGCAUUUACGACAGCGAGUCAGCCAUGAAAUGGCUCAUGCUCGAGGGAGAGAUCUCCACUCCCUCAUAA